GUUAAAUAUUUAUUAGAAAUUUCAAACAUGCUCUCCAAAGACGUAUUUUUUGCAGUAAACGUGCUAGUGCUUGUGUGCCUUGUCAAAGCAGACAGUGACGCCGAUAUUACUACGUACCCCAAAAUGGAGGAAUACGUAGCAUCGUUCGGCUACCCCAUCGAAUCGUAUGACAUCGAAACCAAAGAUGGCUACUUCCUUAAAAUCCAUCGAAUCCCUUACGGAAGACACAGCCAGAACACCACAAACCGACCGCCGGUUAUCCUCAUGCACGGCUUGUUCGGCUGCUCCGAAAACUACAUCAUGAACGGGCCGAAAGGGUCGCUCAGCUUCGAAGCUGCGGACGCCGGUUACGACGUCUGGCUGCCCAAUGUCAGGGGCAGUAUGCACUCCUUGGGACACAGGACACUCGACUCGAAGAAAAGGGACUCGCUGUAUUGGGAUUUCAGCUGGCAUGAAAUGGGUAUCUACGAUCUACCAGCCACCAUAGAUUUGAUUUUGAAUAACACGGACCACGACAAAAUCGCCUACGUUGGUCACUCACAGGGUGGUGCAGUUUUUUUGGUUAUGGCUACGGAUUUGCCUGAAUACAAAGAAAAAAUAUCCGUUUUUAUAGCUCUAUCGCCCGCGUUACUCUUCAAUCAUUGCAAACACCCUUUGUUAUUGGAGUUAAUGGAUAUUGAUGGACCACCAAUGUGGGAAGGUUUUCAAUUGGUGAAAGAAAGAAAAAACAUACUAUACGUGGACUAUGAUGAAAUAAGACUUAUCAUUGCUACCAUUGCCAAACAGUUUCCAUCAAUACUUCCAUCCAUUGUUACCUACAUUUUUGGAGAAUCAGAACAAAUCGACCUAAAACAAUUGAUUCAAUUUUCUGGAAUAUUUCCUGCUGGAGGAUCUGUUAAGCAAUUAGAGCACUUUAUACAAGUACGCGAAGCGAAAUCAUUUGUGCAUUUUGACUACGGCCCGGAGGAAAAUUUAAAAAGAUACAACAGCACAAAACCUCCAAAAUACGAUUUAAAAUCCAUGGAUUUGCCGACUUAUAUCUACGCAGGUCAGAAUGAUAUAUUUGUUGCUGUACAGGAUCUUCAUGAGAUUGCAGACAUCCUACCAAAUGUGAAAGAAUUCUAUGUCAUACCUGUUAAGAAGUUUACCCACUUGGACUUUAUUGCAGCUAGGAAUCUCAAAAAUUUGGUUAAUGAUAGAGUAAUUAGGACUUUAGAUCACUAUAUACAUACCUAAACAAAGAUUUUUAAAAAAACAUGU